AUGGAUGAAAACAAUGCUAUCAUCGGUAAGCGACUUUUACCUUGCCCCUCCAAAGGUAGUGUUGAUAAGCAUGAAGAUUCUGAGAUUUCCCACGAGGAAGUUAUGGAGAGAUCCAAGAUAUAUUACCCACUAGACGUAUGGUGUAUACUGGCUAAAUACAUCGAACCCUUACAAAUUCAAACAUUUGCGUGCAUAUGUCGUUCAUCCUACCUGGCUAUAAAUUCAUCGACAUUUUGGAAUCAUCUUUAUAAACGUUAUAUCAAGGACACCGUACGUUUACCAAAAUGUUUAAUGCAAAAUUUUGGAGCAAAGAACAUCGGACUUAAAAUAUUUGUGAUACGAGCCCUUUUCCUUUUACACCCAAAUCUUAGCAGUCGAUUCAUGAAAGAGGAUUCGUUGGACAUUGACAAACUAUUGUUGCAACAGGUAAUUGGAUUACGUUGUUGCAACACUUGGUACAAAAUUGAAAGCUCAUUGGGCAGUUCACACGUUUACCUGUUUCGAUUUCAACUUAAAAGCGAUGGCAAGAAAGUGUCUGCGCCUAACCUUCCCGCCAUUAAUCAAGAUUAUUUAACUCGUAAUAAUGAAGAGAAUUAUGUUGUGCUGCAAGUGAGAGUUCGAGAAUUUACACGUGUUCAUUUCAAAGCAAAUACCGCGCUACUAGAAGUAUCAUUAGACACGGAUAAUGCAUCUUUAACAAUGGAGUUUGGUUGUUCAGAUGUAGAUUGGGAUAUGGAAAACAAUCGAGAGAGUGUGGUUCUUAAUGCAGUUAGCGCCAUAAAACUGUUACGUUGGUGGCACCCAUCUUACCCACAUCGUAAUUAA